AUUUGUUUAUUUUUCCAAAAUUGUUUGUGUCAAUGUAACAUUACUCUAUGAUAUGCAGUCAUAUGACUUACUUUUAAUUGUCAAUAAAAGUGCAAAAAAAGAUAUACCAUAUCUGGUUACAUGUUAAUAGUAUAAAAAUCAACAAACUGGGACAGUUUCUUUGUUUUAUUAUACCACUUUAAUUAUCAUAUACACUUGAGUUUAUUUUUAACUUUUUUUCUUGGAAUAGGUCAGAUUUCGGUAAAUUAGUUCACAAUUAAGAAAUUAAGUGCAGUUCGAGGUUAGAUAUAUUUGAAGGACAUUUAAAAGUGUGUUUUUUUGUUUUAUUUAAUGAUUUUACUUGGAAUACAUUUUUAGCAUAAAAGGGAGGAGAUAAUGUGAAGGCAGUUUAUGAAUAUGACCAUAAAUCAUUCAGCUUUGACAGAAGAGGAGUGAACUCUUCAGUGUUAUAUAGUGGGACACAUCAAAACAUAUACAACAAGGUAUGGUGCGAGCAUGAGACAUCUAACAGCCAGAACGCUUAUCAGCUGUCGGAGCAAGAAUACAGCGUAGCAGACCAUUCAUUGUGUAGCAUGAACAUUUAGAAUAACAUGAUCAUUAUAUAUUCAGGACAAUUUAUCAUUUUCCAUCACUUUUAAUGUCAUCAGCCAUUAUUAUGUUUUAAACAUCAAUCAAUUGGAGUGGUGGACUAGUGGUUAAGGUGUCUACCUCUCAACCAUGUGUGUCUGAGCCUGGCUUGGGUCAUGACCAUGUUUCCUUAUAUGACACCAGUACUGGUCUAUUUUAUGAAGUGGACCUGAGAGUGAAAGUGACAAAGUUGGUCAAAUAUAAUUGAGCCAUUUAAAAGAUAAAUAUUUUGUUUAUGUGUUGAAAACUUUCUGCAUAAUUAUUGUUUGUCUCUUCUUUUAUGAUAUAUUACAUGUGAGAUACACAUAUUUCAUGUGAAGGUCUUUGUUUGUAAAAACUCAACAACAAAAGGAGACAAAAAUGCAUUAGUUUUAUUUGUUACUUUAAAACAUUUCCUUGAUUGUUAACUUGAUCUCUCCUUGUAAUUGCGACAAGAGCUUAUAUCGCAUAUUUGUAUCAGAUGCAAUAUUGUAGUUAUAGUACAGUGUUGAAAACAGAUUAUGUAUAUGAAUAUUUGUUUUGUAUAAAAAUGGUUUUAAGAGGAACUAGCAGGUUCUGAUUGGAAGGAGGUUACGGGUUAGAAAUGAGUAAAAACUAUACACCGGAAACACGGCAACGCAUGCGCCCUUGGUUGGAGUCCCAGAUCAACUCUGGAGGAAUAAGGGGCCUAGAAUGGGUUGAUAAAGACCAGAAGAUGUUCAAGGUACCAUGGAAACACGUUGGUAACAGGGAGUGGUCAGAAGAUGACGGAAUUAUUUUCAAGGAAUGGGCGGUACACACUGGGCGGUAUCGUGAAGGUGUCGAUCAUCCUGAUUGGCCCACUUGGAAAACAAGAUUCCGAUGUGCACUUACAAAGCUGCCUGACAUCAAAGAAUUAAAACAAUACAACCGGUUGGACGGUAAUACAGAGGAACCAUACAGGGUCUACCAAUUCGUACCGAAGAAUGGAGAUAACUCAGGGGCACGAUUUUCUCCCCGUCAGUCGGACACAGAUUCUCCCGCAAGCGAAAUAGAAUAUUACGGUGGAUCACACAUACCAACGACAGUGAUUUCGAACCAGUCAGACCAGAUGAUGUCAGAGAGAUUCCCCUCUGACCUUGUCAUAGAGUCUGGAGAUCUGAUUAAGAUUAACAGUAGUGAGAUGAGAGAUCUACAAACAGAAGUUUAUGAUGCUGCAGAACCGAUGGAGACAAUGGAGGUUCCUGAAACAGAUGAACAAAUCUCAUAUAAGGCAAAAAAGUCCUAUCCAAGCCAAGCCCUUAUUAUGCCUCAAAAUACUUGGACAUUAGACCCAAACGACUGUAAACUGUAUGUGACAGUAAAGUAUUUAAUGACAACAGUGUUUGAGAAUCUGUGUACCUCCACUAGUGGGUGUCAUAUAUAUCAUGACAAACAAGUUGUUAUUACAAACCCUGAAGAGUAUGAACAGAUAUUUGGUCCCCGAGCUGCAUUACAGAUUCCACUACCUCAAUGUACUAUAUCCAACAGUCAACAACAACGCCUUACAACUGACUUAUUAAACGCCACAGAUCGAGGUAUUGUCAUACAAGUGAGAGAGGGAAACAUUUACGCAACAAGAAAAUGCAGAUGUAGAAUGUACAUUUCCAAGCCUACAAUAAACCAAGGCUGUGAGAUUAUAAAACUUCAACGAGAUGAAGAGACGCUGGUAUUUGAUCUCCAUGGUUACUUCAGACAAGCUCUUGAGAGAUAUAUUCAUCAACGAGGACCCAAACCUUCCACUGAUGUAGUCGUGGGUUUUGGCCAACAUUUCACUAUGGAGAGAGAGUCUAUAAAUAAUUUACUAGUGUCAGCUACUAUUGUUCAUACAGAAGCCAAUAACCUGCUCACCAGGAUUGCAUGUACAAGCCCAAUGUCUCCAGCUAUCUCUUUGUCCAAGUCGAAUCCAUUGGAUCGUGUUAUGGACAUAUGCUCAAUGGUCAGUGAACAAAUCUAAGGAGACAGCAUAAGGGCAAUAACUGAUCUGGAUAAUUAACAUUAUGCAAGGGCAAUAACUAUGUAUAAUAAUUACAAUUUGUUACCAAAGGGGAAUAACUUUGGAUUCCAUAAGAAUUCACUUGUCAUACAGGGCAAAAACUAAGCAUUAUUUCAUACUUGUUACUGACUGAUUAAACAGUGUUGAUAAAUUGUUGGAUUUAUAUGUAAAUAGUUGUUAAGGUAAGAGUUACUUAUAUAUAUUGUAUAUACUUGUUUUAUGAUGAUAAUAAUUUAUUUAAAUUCCCAUGUUAAUUACUUUGAUAUAGAAUAUUGUUUAACCUAAUUCUUGAUCUCUUUUCGUUUAACCAGCAGUACUGUCUGAAGUAAACUGUACUUAUACAGUCAUGUAUAUUUUAAAGUCAUUUGUAUGUAUUAAAGUAAUAUUUGGCUUUACAUUUAUAUAGCAAUGUAAUCUCUGCAUAUGUAGUAGUAGCUUUCUGAGACAUUGUAUUUUGCUAGGAGCAGUGAUGGAACAUUAAUAUCUUGCAAGACUGAAGGUCGAGCGAGACAUCAAUUUUUACAAGCUUCGAGUACUGAAAUAAAUGACCUCAAAUAGCUACUACAAAAUUAGUUUACUUUGAUUAUAUUUACCCAUGAUUCUAAGACAAAAAGAGAUUGAAUUUAUUAAAUUUCUAUUAGUUAUUACACAAACAAAUAUACAGCUGUCAAGAAAUGAAUGAAAGAUUGAUGAAUACAUCAUUUUUGUAAAUGUGGCCAGGGCAUCGGUAGUAUAGGUUCCCUUUUCCAAAUACUACAUAAUGCACAGCUAAGAUGGGAACCAUCUGAUAAAAAAAGUCCAGCACUCCCAUAUAUGGUACCAUAUUUGUCUCUUAACAUGAUACCGGUUUUUCUUUCCAUUGAGUUGUAUUAGCUAGGGCUGUCAUUGAUGUAAAAUUUUGUAUCAAUUAUGGAAAUAUCAUUGUAAAAAAAGCUGAAUAUCGAUGAUAUAUCAAUAUAUCAAAUUCAGUAGCUUGUACAUUUGAAUAUGUGUAAUAAACUGAUAUCAUGGUGUAAGCAAGCUUGUUUCAUACAUCACAAGCACAGAAUACCAAAAGAAAGUAAGUUUUCUUAUUAUCAUAUCUUAAAGACCUGAAAAUUAAAUCCAGACUUCAAACUAGCAAAGAAAAAUGGGGGAAAGGUUACUUCUUCCCUUUACAUAAAGUAGAGUGAUAUUUUUACAAGAAAUGGGUUUUAAAUUGUAUUGAUAUUCUAAAUUGUGAAUCAAUAUUGUAUAGAUUGUUCAUUAUCGAUAAUAUUUCGAUAUCAUGAUUUUCAAUGACAGCCCUAGUGUAAGAUCUACUCAACUUGGGUGUAUUUUAGGCAGAAUAUUAAAAGGUAUAUUAUUGAUGUAUAUAGUAUAUAUGUAUAUAGCGUAACAUGUAUUGAACUAAUCUAUGGCUGAAUAUGUAUAUAUUGAAGAACAGUAAUCUGUGGUAAUACAUGUACAUUGUAUAUAUGUGGUAAAAUAUAUGUAUAUAGUUUAAAUUGAGAUAAUUUUUUAUCAACUUAGUAUAUAAACUUAACAAAUGAUUUUAUUUCAUGCUUUCCAGUGUUUUACUGUAAUAUAUCAGAUGAUUAUAUUCUGAUAAACCACUAAUGAAAAUUAUAAAAUAUAAUUUUCACUGUAAGCCGGACUAUAUCUGAAUGAAAAGAAUGUCAUCACUAAUAGGAAUAACAGGCAAAAAAUAAAUGCAGUCAUAUGUAAAAUUUGAUUCUUUAGGAAAAGGAAGUCGAUGCCAAUAACUAAUUGGAAUAACAGGCAAAAAAUAAAAAAAUAAAAGCAGUCAUAUGUAAAAUUUGCUUCUUUAGAAAAAGGAAGUCGAUGCCAUCAUACAUCAUGUUAAAAAUGUAACAAAAUUAGAGAAAUUUAAUAGAACUAUAUUCCAAAAUUGAUGAUGUGAUGUCAUGAUGUCAUACAGAAAAAUGUGCGACGUUAUGCCGCAAAAUUAGUAUAAAAUACUUAAAAUCACUUAAAAAGCAUGAAAUAAAAAGAAUUUUUUAUUUGUUUUACAUAUAAGAUUUAAAUAUAUUUCAUUUGUGAUAAACCAGCUAUUCUAUUUUCACUUGUGGCUACAGGCCUACGACACUCCUGAAAAUAUUGCAUCUGGAGUUCACUCAGUGAAAUAUAUUUCAAUCUUACAUGCAAAACAAAAACAAAUAUCCUCUUUUUAUAUGUAAUGUUUAUGAAAGUUAGGGAACCAAAAGUAUAGAGUCUAGUCAGACUGUAUUGUUGUUCUACAGGCUGACCCGACUCUAGACUGGUGCAUUAGAAAAAGAUAUCAUCACAUGAUGGUGACUUUUGGUGAACAUGGAAAAUCGUUUGCUAAAUAUUUGGAAAUUUUGUGAAUCAAUACAUAUGCAUUAAGCAGAUGAAAAUAUAAACAUUUCACUUUGGAAUAUAGUUACAGUAGUUAAUAUUCACAAAAAAACAGAACAAUUUUUUUUUCUUUUUACUAUCUAUUUUUUAUUAAAAAUGGAAAGAUAUACAGUGAGAUAUGUAUGUUAUGAUUUUACAUCACCGAUAAACAUGUAUAUACCCGGUAUCUAUAUUUCAUUUAAUAGGCAUGUAUAUAAAAUGAAUUUAACUUACUAUUUUGAAUAAAAUGCUUUCAUUGACAGAUUUUGUUUUCUUUCAGCUGUUGUUUUUGUAACUUAUUGUUUGAUCUAUGUACAUAUCUUAUUCAGUUUUUGUUAAUAAAUCACGAAAUUUAAAAAAAAAAUCUAUUCAUAAAAUUUGAAAUAAAAUUAAAUUCCUCAA